CCGCCACGGGGUCCCCGGAAGCCGGCAGGUAGACAAUAUAUCGGUGCAGAAUCUUACCUCAUCGACUUCUUCUUCGGCUAUACUCAAUGGUUCUGCACCGGAGCACGAGCGAAGUGGAUUCUGGGGUAAGUAAAAAAAAACUUGUCGUGGGUAUAACAAAGUACCGUGACCUCAGACGUCCCGGUAACAUUCACGUUGCCUUUUUGUCAUGUUUCGAGGUAGCGCACUUGCACUCGGCACGUAUGCACCUCACACAGAAACGGCACAUGGUACUACGAGACCGACUCGGACGCACGCACACAGUAGAUGGAAUCCCGGUUUGGUCCAUGCACUUGUCCAUCAGUACAUGUACAUGUACGUUUCUACCGCGGGCAACCGCUAAUCACUGCUCGGGGAUGUACGCACCCCACGCCACCAAACCCAUCGAACGGGUAUGUGCACCAAUUGAUGAGUACAAUUGA